GCCCACACCCCAGCCUCUAGCAGCCCAGCGGCAAUGGAGACACAGAUUUAUUAAAGACUCCCUUUCAUAACAAUCCUUCCCCAGGAUUGGAUUUUUGAAGCGAACCUCUGGUGGACAAUUAUGGGUCUUCUGGUACAGCUUCGACUUCUACUGUGGAAAAAUGUCAUCCUUCGAAAGAGACAGAAGAUUCGCCUGAUAAUUGAAUUUCUUUGGCCACUGUUCCUUUUCUUCAUUCUGGUUUGGGUUCGGUCAACUAGUCUACCAAUAAAUAAAGGACAAUGUCAUUAUCGGAAUAAGGCAUUGCCUUCUGCUGGUGUAUUGCCAUGGAUGCAGGGUAUCAUCUGCAACAUGAACAAUCCUUGUCUCAAUUACCCAACCCCAGGAGAGGCACCAGGUCAAGUAAACAACUUUGAUACCUCACUGUUGUCCGCCGUAUUGGCUGAUUUGCAGGACAUAGAUGCAAAUCCAUCUGAUCAAGAACAGUUAAACAAAUUCUUGAAGGAUUUGAAUCCAAGGAUUAAUAUUCUUGAUAAUCUAAAGGAGGAACAAGAUAUUUGGGAAAACAACCAGGCAUUGACUGCAUUUCUAAAGAACAACUUGUCACUUUCGGAUGCUGUAAUCGCAAAUAUGAAGUUAGCAAGAAAACAAAUGGACAAAAUCACCAAACUACGGACUCCCAAGGUUUUGAACACCAUGCUCAACAACAGAAGGAUUGAAAAUGCAAGUGAUUCACUUGAGCAAUUGUUUGGUUCUCUGGCUAUAUUAUUCUGUGGCAAUGUGAAUAUUUCAGGAAAUGGACAAAGCGAAAGCUCAAAUGAAGGAACAAAUUCUGAAAAGACCACAUCACCAAGUAUCAAACCGGCUGAGAUGCUUCCUUCUGACAACAGCACUUCUGAUUUUUGCAAAUCUGUCGUUGAGACAUUGCAGUCUACACCAUCUCUCAACUUCCUGUGGAACACUAUCCGUCAUCUACUGAUGGGAAAGAUAGUUUUCACUCCAGAUACUCCUGUCACUCGUCGCAUUGUUCAAGAGGCAAACAGUACUUUUCAAGCAAUAGGAAUCCUGAAGGAACUUGGAGAUUCGUGGGAAGCAUGGAUUUCGUCGUUCUUGGAAAACAGCACUGCAGUGAAUCAAUUCCGGAAAUUAUUAACUAAUCCUGUGUUUGCUGGAACAAUUGAUCGACAUCUGUCUGGUACUGGUUGGAAUGCCAAGCAGCUGGCAAGUUUUCUCUACUACAAAUUACCAAAGAGUCGCCAGAAUAGCCUGCCAAAUUUCGACCAGAGGGAUAUCACUGAUGUCAUCCAUAUGUUCACACAGUUCCUCGGGUGCAUCAACUUGGAUAGGUUUGAAGCUGCCCCAACUGAAGCAGAUCUGGUCAACAUAUCAUUUAUGCUCUUAGAGAAGAAGAAGUUCUGGGCUGGGAUUGUAUUCCAGGGGAUGGACUCUGAGAAAGAUAAGGUACCACCUCACGUUCUCUACAAGAUCAGAAUGGAUAUCGACGACGUUGAAAAUACAGAAGAACUGGAAGAGAGUCCUUGGUAUCCAGGAGCACGAGACAAUUCCUACAACGAAAUGCCUUACAUCUUAGGCGGUUUUGCAUAUAUUCAGGACAUGAUUGACCAUGGAAUUAUGAAAACACAAUUAAAUAUUAGCCAACCUCUCGGAGUCUAUGUGCAACAGAUGCCUUAUCCUUGUUAUGUGGAUGAUGGAUUCACACAGAACGUUGGGAGCAUACUUCCCAUGUUCCUGAUACUGGCUUUUAUAUUUUCGGUCGCCAUGAUCAUCAAAGGGAUUGUAUACGAAAAAGAAAAGUGUCUGAAGGUGAUGUUGAAUACAAUGGGUCUGAGAAAUGGUGUGCUCUGGUUUGCAUGGUUCAUGGACAAUAUAGUCAUCUUAACUAUAUCAUCAGCGUUCCUCUCUGUGCUUCUAAAGUAUGGGAAUAUCCUCCGCUAUAGUGAUCCACUGAUCCUGUUCAUCUUUCUAUUCAUAUAUUGUGUGGCAACCAUCAUGGAAUGCUUUCUCAUCAGUACGUUCUUCUCAAGAGCCAACUUAGCUGCAGCCUGUGGAGCGAUCCUCUAUUUUUUGCUGUACCUACCAUAUGUCCUUUGCUUUGCCUGGCAGGACUAUCUCACAUUUCCAAUAAAGAUUUCCAUUAGUCUAUUGUCAACUGUGGCUUUCAGUUUCGGCUGUGAAAAUUUUUCUUUCUACGAAGUGCAAGGAAUUGGGAUCCAGUGGAGCAAUAUUAAUAUUAGUGCUCAAGAAGGCAACCGAUUCAGUUUCCUGGUUUCCAUGUUAAUGAUGUUGCUUGAUGCUUUCAUUUACUGGUUGCUCGUUUUGUACAUUGAGGCUGUUUUUCCAGGUCAAUAUGGUAUUCCAAAACCUUGGUACUUCCUUGUUACAAAAUCGUACUGGUGUGGAUCAUCGUCUCAAAACAAAGAGGAACUUACUUUCCAGGGGAAGCAAGAUGAAGAUAAUGUUUUCAUUGAGCCACAACCACACAACCUGAAAUUAGGCAUAUCUAUUCAGAACCUUGUGAAAAUAUACAAAACUGGCAAAAAGAUUGCAGUGGAUGGUCUUAGUGUAAACUUCUAUGAAGGACAGAUUACAUCUUUCCUUGGACAUAAUGGAGCUGGAAAAACGACCACAAUGUCUAUAUUAACAGGACUGUUCCCUCCAUCAUCUGGAACUGCUUUCAUUUAUGGCAGUGACAUUAGAACGGCAAUAGAUUCCAUACGAAAGGAUAUAGGAUUCUGCCCUCAGUACAAUGUGCUCUUUGACCAGCUAACUGUUGAAGAGCACAUUUACUUUUAUGCAUGCUUGAAGGAAUGCAGCUCAAAGGAGGUAGAAGAGGAAAUAGAUCGAAUGAUCAAUGAUGUUGGGUUGCCAAAUAAGCGUAAAGACUUGGUGAAAAAUCUCUCAGGGGGGAUGCAAAGAAAAUUGUCUGUGGCCAUUGCAUUUGUGGGAGGAUCAAAAACAGUGAUUUUGGAUGAGCCGACUGCAGGUGUCGAUCCAUACGCCAGAAGAGGAAUAUGGGAAUUGCUUCUAAAGUAUAAGCCAGGUCGGACAAUUAUACUGUCUACCCACCACAUGGAUGAAGCUGAUAUUCUGGGAGAUCGCAUUGCUAUCAUUUCGCACGGAAAGCUGUGCUGCUGUGGAUCAUCCAUGUUUUUGAAGAAAUUCUUUGGAAGUGGCUAUUACCUCACUCUUGUCAAGUCUGAAGCAAAGAGACCUGCACCUAGAUUGGAAGUCGCAAUCCCCGCAGGUUCAGAGGAUGAUGAUGUAUCCGAUGAGGGCAUCGGCAGUGACAGUGGACCUAAUGACCUUGCAGGUGAAAAUGCUAUUACAGGAUUGAUCAUGAAGCAUGUACCCGAGGCUCAGUUUGUUGAGAGUAUUGGCCAAGAGAUGACAUAUAUUUUGCCAUACGAAGGGGCAGGUGAUGGAAGUUUUGCUGAACUGUUUAAAAAUUUAGAUUUGGAGCUCCAGAGAUUCGGUAUCUCAAGCUACGGGAUUUCAGAUACUACACUUGAAGAGAUUUUUUUGAAAGUGGCAGAAGAUACUGGUGUGGACACAUUAAUGCCAGGAAAGAAUUCAUUUAAAAAGGAUUGGAAAAGAAGUUCAAGAGAAUUGAGGCAAGUGACCAUAUCGAAUCUUGACAAGAAUCCUGGAAUAAUGAAGGCGAAUGAUGACACUGAUCUCGAAACAGAUGCUUCAGAAGGAUUAACUGGACGGGGGUCAUAUACUAUUGACGGCAAAAAACUAAUGUGCAGACAAUUCUUUGCUCUCUUCAUUAAAAGGUUUCACCAUGCCCGAAGGAGUCAGAGAGGAUUUUUGGCUCAGGUUGUGUUGCCGGCCCUGUUUGUCUGCUUAGCUCUAGUAUUCUCUCUGAUUAUUCCUCCUUUUGUGGAGUUCCCAAGUCUGGAGCUACAGCCAUGGAUGUAUGGAUCAGCACAGCACACAUUCUUCAGCAAUGAUGCCACUGAAAAUGAACAAGUCGCACAAGUGGUUGACUCAAUGGUGAACAAUCCUGGAUUUGGAACACGAUGCAUGAACAAUGAUCCAAUACCGAAACUUCCCUGCAUGAGCAAUGAUAUGGCCUGGUACAUCCCACCAGUACCACCAUCUGUCAAUGAUACACUUAUGAAUGGUAAUUGGAGUAUGGCAAAUCCCUCCCCAUCGUGUCAAUGCAGCACUCCAGAGAAGAUCAUCAUGUUGCCGGACUGCAUCCCUGGUGCUGGAGGGCUGCCACCUAUUGAGCGACUUCAAAACACAACAGAUAUAUUACAGAACAUGACAGGAAGAAACGUAACAGACUAUCUUGUGAAAACAUAUGAAGAAUUCUACAAAAUAAGGUAUGGAGGGAUUUCAGUUGGGGAAGUGAACUCACAAGCUGAGAUUAACAAAAGCAUCAUUGCUGCCAACCUUCUGCAACUUUCAGAGAUGUUUAAUGUGUCUCAGAGUGACAAAAAACUUCUUCAAAAUGCUGAAAUUCUGAUGGAAAAACUUGUUGUAAAGGACAAUGUAAAGGUUUGGUUUUAUAACAAAGGAUGGCACGCAAUGGUUUCAUUCAUUAAUGUGGCAAGCAAUGCAAUUCUCCGUGGCAAUUUACAGCCUGGCAAAGAUCCGAGAGAUUACGGCAUCACUACCUACAACCAUCCUUUGAAUCUGACAAAGGUGCAGCUGACUGACGCAACUUUUUCUACCACUUCUGCAGAUGUUGUGGUUUCCAUCUGUGUUAUAUUCGCGAUGUCGUUUAUUCCUGCCAGCUUUGUGCUCUUCCUGAUCCAGGAGCGUGUCUCUAAAGCCAAGCACCUGCAGCUUGUCAGUGGUGUCAACCCUACAAUUUAUUGGAUUGCCAAUUUUGCCUGGGAUAUGUGCAACUACGCUGUUUCGUGUGUCAUGGUUGUGGUCAUCUUCUUAUGUUUUCAACAAAAAUCCUACGUAUCAUCUGCCAACCUCCCAGUGCUGAUCCUUCUCUUUGUGCUCUAUGGAUGGUCAAUCAUUCCUUUAAUGUACCUAGCAUCUUUCCUAUUCAGUAUACCCAGCACAGCGUACGUGGUGCUGACCUGCAUUAACAUGUUCAUCGGCAUUAAUGGCAGUAUCGCCACCUUUGUGCUUGAGAUCUUCGAGAAUGACAACUUGACUAAGAUAAAUGACGUCCUGAAACAGCUUCUACUAAUUUUUCCACACUUCUGUCUUGGAAGAGGUCUCAUUGAUAUGGCAAAAAAUCAGGGUAUUGCUGAUGCAUAUGCUAGAUUUGGUGAGGACCGGUUUCAAAGCCCAUUUGAAUGGAAUCUCGUGGGCAAGAAUCUUUUUGCAAUGUUUGUUCAGGGCAUGGUGUUAUUCAUGUUCACCAUACUUUUGGAGUACACGUUUUUCAUCAGAUCAAGACGUGACAAAGUGGUUCCUCAGUCUGCCGUUGAGGAGGAUGAAGAUGUAUCUCGUGAACGGAUGAGAAUUCUGAGUGGCGAGGCACAAAGUGACCUGUUAACAAUAUGUGAACUAACCAAGUUUUACAGAAGGAAGAAAAAACCUGCAGUCAAUAAAAUCUGUCUGGGGAUCCCCCCAGCUCAGUGCUUUGGCCUUCUGGGAAUAAACGGUGCGGGCAAAACAACGACCUUCAAGAUGCUGACUGGAGACAUUUCUGUAACCAGCGGAGAUGCCUUCCUAAAUGGAUAUAGUAUUUUGACUCAAAUAGGAGAGGUACACCAAAAUAUGGGCUAUUGUCCUCAGUUUGAUGCUAUCAAUGACCUUUUGAAUGGACGAGAGCACCUGGAAUUGUAUGCCCGUCUGCGAGGUAUCCCAGAGGAGGAAGUUCAAAAGGUAGCCGAAUGGGGAAUCCAGAAGUUGGGUCUGAUUAAAUACUCUAGUAGGUCAGCUGGAACCUACAGCGGAGGCAAUAAGCGCAAAUUAUCAACAGCAAUAGCUCUUAUUGGAUGUCCUCCAGUUGUCUUUCUGGAUGAACCUACCACAGGAAUGGAUCCCAAGGCUCGAAGGUUCCUAUGGAAUUGCAUCCUCAGUAUUGUCAAAGAGGGAAGAUCAAUUGUUUUAACAUCACACAGCAUGGAAGAAUGUGAGGCCUUAUGCAACCGAAUGGCUAUUAUGGUGAAUGGACAAUUUAAGUGCCUUGGGAGUAUUCAGCACUUGAAAAGCAGGUUUGGAGACGGUUAUACAAUGAGUGUUCGAGUUGGAGGCGAUCUUUUGGAUCUGAGAUCAGUGGAGGAUUUUGUACAGUCCUCCUUCCCUAACAGCGUACUGAAGGAGAAACACCACAACAUACUACAGUACCAGCUUCCAUCUAGUGAAAACUCCUUAGCAAAGAUUUUCAGCACUUUCACCAAUAACAAAGAGAGGCUUAACAUCGAGGAUUAUACUGUUUCACAGACAACUCUAGACCAGGUAUUUGUCAAUUUUGCCAAGGAUCAGAUUGAGAUCGACGAAGAUGCCGAAAUGUACACUAACAGUACUGCAGUAACCAACGAAGAAUUGAAGAUGGAGGCAGUGAACUUCCCUCACGCUAAAGUUUAAAUAUAAAACACAGAAUUGCAGGAAAUGCAUUAUGGGUGCUGUUCUUCAGGGGAGUGCACCAGUCAACAACCUUCGUAGUUAACAAAAAAUAUUUUUGCUGAAUAAUACAUUGAAUAAUCAAUAAUUUUGGUAGUCAUUUUACUUGCAAUUUGACAGAGUAAAUGUGGAGUGAUAUUUUAUUGAUACAUUCAUUUCCAUCUUAAUACAUUUGCGCAAUUUAUAUUUUAUUCUACUUGUUCCGGACCCAAUAAGUUUGAAGCGAGCAAUCUUAUGAUCCACAGGACUGAUUUGAUUGACUAUAAAUAAUACACACUUGCCUUCCAUUUUGAUUCAUAUUUUACUUCUGGAUAUUGUUUUCAUAAUAUACCACUUCAAGUCUGUUUUCCUUACACAAAGCAUGCGUAUCUAAAUUGGGGUUUACUUCUGCAGCAUUUUUUGUCAUGAGGAUAUUGAUUUUGUAACUUUAUAUUCAUUAAAUCCUGUUUUAUUACAUUCCAUAUGUACAUUAUAUUAGGUCCUUGCGUUCUGAAGCUUAUUGUAGUUUCUCCCUAGCCAUAAUGUACAAAACGCAGGCGAAUUAAGAUACUUAUAUAGUGAUGAAAUCUGAGUGACACUUAGUGCAGCAAUAGAUUAUUCCUUUCUGUGGUAUUUUUAGCCAUUUUGUGACAUCUGUGACUCAAUAUCUCUCUUUUAUUUCAGAAGAAUGUUCUUAAGUUUAGGGGUACAGAGUGCAAUUUUUUAAAAAGCAUUUCUUGAGUUAGUUUAGAGUGGCUUUUAAGUUAUUUUUUUGCUUUUUUUAAACUGAUCAUACAGCGAAGGUUCAGGGCCAAUCAAUUAAAAACAUAAUUUACAGAUGGUGUAGAUUUUAUCCCUCUUUGACAGAUCAACCCUAAUAAAUAUAUAAAAAGCGGAAGUCAUUUUAGGGCCUUCAAUUUACUAUAGAAAUCACUCUCACUCCAUCAAAGAUCCAGGCAAAAGAGAGUAUCCACUUACUGAAAAAUGAGUGCCAUCUAGAGAUUGUUUAUGCAGCAUAAACCAAAAAUAACAAUCUACUUGAAUAUAGUGUCUUACAUGUCAGGAGAAUAUCUCAAAGCGCUUCACACAGUCGAUUUGAAGCAAAAAGAUACCUAUUUUGCUGAGCAGAGAGAGAGGUUGGAGAGAAAGAGAUGCAGGAGGUCAAAGAG